UAUUUUUCGGAGCGGUCACAUUGGUCUCUAAUAACGAGGCGAAUAUAUUUUCGCUGCAUUUUACGCCAAAAAAUUGUUUCUGUGAAAAAAGUGUCGGACUAUACUGUAAAUACAAAAAUAUUUGUAAAUUAUACAGCCACAACUUGUGACUACAGUUUUAGGCGUAAUUAGAGCGUGCGGAUUAUCUAUCAUUGCUAGCGGCCAUUUUGAGCGAACGCAGAAACGUCAGCAGCAGCCCCUUGCCUUUUAUUUGACUGAAUUACGAUAACCGAUAACUACCACAGUGCCGCUGUAAGCUCUUUGCACGACAUAGUUAAAAUUUCGUAAACAUAAACAAAACACCAAAGUUCAAAUUACGCACAUAAACAAAGUAACUACAAAAAUGGCAGAUGAAGACAUUACUUUAAAUGAGGAUCAGCUGUUGGAGUCUUUGGAUGAGACAAACGGCGACCAGGAGACUGAAAUUGUGACUGAAACUGAGGAGGAGGGCAGCAUGCAGAUCGAUCCAGAACUUGAAGCCAUCAAGGCACGCGUCAAAGAGAUGGAGGAGGAAGCUGAAAAAAUCAAGCAAAUGCAAUCGGAGGUAGACAAACAAAUGGCUGGCGGUUCAACAACCGGUCUGGCCACAGUGCCGCUUUCACUCGAAGAGAAACAGGAGAUUGACACACGGUCCGUGUACGUGGGCAAUGUCGACUAUGGCGCAUCCGCCGAGGAGCUAGAAACACACUUCCAUGGCUGUGGUACCAUCAAUCGUGUGACUAUCCUCUGUAACAAGGCCGAUGGACAUCCUAAGGGAUUUGCUUAUAUUGAAUUCGGUUCAAAAGAGUACGUUGAGACUGCACUGGCCAUGAACGAAACCCUUUUCCGAGGACGCCAAAUCAAAGUCAUGUCGAAGCGCACAAACCGUCCAGGAUUAUCAACCACAAAUCGUUUCGCUCGUGGCAGCUUCCGCGGGCGAGGAGCACGCGUCUCACGUGCCUGUUGUCACUCCACUUUCCGUGGCGCUCGACGCGCAAUAGGUUACCGUGGACGUGCCAAUUACUAUGCGCCGUAUUGAUUAUUGUUUUCUUAACUUAUAGUAAGAUUUUUUUAAUAUAUAAUUUCAAAAAACAUUUUAUUGCCAAAACUUCUUUGCUAAUAAAAAUACAAAACAAAAAAGAUACAACAAGAUGACGCCAACAAAAAAAUAUAUAUAUUAUAUAGAAAUAAUAUAAAAAAUCAACAGCAUCAACGAAAAAAAAAUAUUUGCAAAAAUAGGCGAAAAAAAAGAUGAAAACCAAUAAAUGAUAUAAAAAUCAACAAGGAAAAAGAAAAAUAUUUAAUUUGGCUAUAAUGUUUUUUGAAGCACCCAACACCACAAAACACCCCUUAUCACACUUUUUAAGUUUUCAAAAGUAAUAAAAAAAAUAUAUCAACUAAAAUAAAAAGAAUAUUUAUACUGCCUAAUUACAAAAAAAAUAUAUGAGGAAAAAGAGUUGGUAAAAAAACAAAUAAGAAAAAGAAGACAACAAAA